AUGGGCUUCAUGGUGGACACGCAACAGGAAGGUGGCGAGCAGCAUCAAUGGAGUUGUAUAAGAAAUUUGGUGCGAAGGAAACAAGUCGACUCUUCAAAUGGCAAAGCCGAGCACCAACUGGCCAAAGCCUUGACCUUUCCUCACUUGAUUGCAGUUGGUGUUGGAUCAACAAUUGGAGCAGGGGUUUACAUUCUUGUGGGAACAGUGGCGAGAGAGCAUUCAGGACCUGCUCUCGCCUUUUCCUUCCUAAUAGCUGGAGUCUCUGCAGCACUUUCGGCGUUUUGCUAUGCAGAACUCUCUAGUCGUUUUCCCUCAGCUGGGAGUGCUUAUCACUAUUCUUACAUUUGCAUUGGUGAAGGUGUUGCGUGGUUGAUUGGCUGGGCACUGAUUCUGGAAUACACUAUUGGUGGUUCAACGGUUGCUCGUGGCAUAUCUCCAAAUCUGGCAAUGAUUUUCGGUGGUGAAGAUUGUCUGCCUGCAAUACUAGCUCGUCAUCAAAUCCCGGGACUAGAUAUUGUUGUAGACCCAUGUGCUGCUGUACUAGUCUUCGUUGUAACAGGGCUCUUAUGCAUCGGAGUAAAGGAGAGUACAUUUGCUCAAGGAAUUAUAACAACAGUAAACGUAUUUGUCAUGAUAUUUGUAAUCGUUGCUGGUAGCUAUCUGUGUUUCAAGACAGGCUGGGCUGGUUAUCAACUUCCAUCAGGGUAUUUUCCAUACGGUGUUGAUGGAAUGCUUGCUGGAUCUGCUACAGUCUUCUUUGCUUAUAUAGGAUUUGAUUCAGUUGCAAGUAUGGCAGAAGAGGUGAAAAAUCCGCAGCGGGAUUUACCUCUCGGUAUCGGUCUUUCACUCCUGCUAUGUUGUUUGCUGUACAUGAUGGUGUCUGUAGUUAUUGUUGGUUUAGUGCCUUACUAUGCUAUGGACCCUGACACGCCAAUCUCCUCUGCUUUUGCUACUCAUGGAAUUCAAUGGGCUGCGUAUUUGAUAGCAUUAGGCGCUAUCAUGGCUCUCAGUUCUACUCUAAUGGGCUCCAUUCUCCCUCAGCCGCGGAUUCUGAUGGCAAUGGCUAGGGAUGGUUUGUUGCCUUCAUUUUUCUCAGACGUGAAUCAACGCACGCAGGUUCCUGUUAAAGGAACCAUUUCAACUGGUUUUUGUGCGGCACUCUUAGCUUUCUUUAUGGAUGUUUCACAACUGGCGGGAAUGGUGAGUGUUGGAACACUUGUUGCGUUUACGAUGGUUGCAGUAUCAGUGUUGAUACUCAGAUAUGUGCCUCCAGAUGAGGUACCUCUUCCCUCAUCUCUGCAAGAGAGGAUUUGUUCUGCUCCCUUUCUACGCGGUGAAGAGAACUCGUCCAGUCACGUCGGCACUUCCAUUAGUAGCAAACAACCUUUACUUUUCGAACCUGGUGAUUCAACUGUGGAGAAGAAAGAAGCUAGCUGGGGUUGGGUUCUCAGUAAAGAAAACAGAAGGAAAUUUGCUGGUUGGAGCAUUAUGUUCAUUUGUAUUGGGAACUUCCUGAUAAGCUAUGCAGCAUCCAGCUUGCUCUUUCCAGGACUCCUCCGGUAUUCUCUCUGUGGUGUUGGUGGAUUUCUACUUCUUUUCGGUUUGAUUGUGCUUAGUUGCAUUGAUCAGGAUGAUGCCAGACACAGUUUUGGGCAUUCUGGAGGUUUCAUUUGCCCGCUUGUUCCACUCCUGCCUAUUCUCUGCAUUCUUAUAAACAUGUAUCUCUUGGUAAACCUUGGAGCUGGGACAUGGGCUCGUGUAUCGGUGUGGCUGUUCAUAGGAGUGCUUGUUUACGUUUUCUAUGGGCGACGACACAGCUCUCUAGCGAAUGCCUUUUACGUCACCACUGCUCAUGCCGACGAGAUUGGUCGCAAUUCUGGAUAUUCUUUGGCUUAGUGAAACCAUCAGUGGGGGACUUUGAGCUUCAUUUUGUAAGUAUGGAUUUUCCUUGUUAUACAAUCUGUAAGAUACAGUAUGCAAUAAAAUCUGUAAAAUAUAUUGUUUGAGAUUGGUGUAAAGUUAGUCCACCUUGUAAUCAAAAGCUCAAUGUCAUUAUUCUACUUAGAGCUAA